CCAGAAGGAAAAAAGAGGGACUCUGGUGUUAUGAGGAUACUGACUGAAGGACAUAAGCUCUCUAGUACUUCAAUGGAAAGCCUCAACAGUAGACAAAGCUCCUCAAGUGGAGUCACCAGCGAUUAUUCGAGUUACAGAGGCAGUCUGAGGCUGGAGGAUGACGUCUUUUGCACAAGACAGUUCUGUGGUCGAGCAAGAGUCCAUACAGAGUUUAUGCCAAGUCCAUAUGACACAGAAUCCCUCAAGCUGAAGGUUGGUGACGUGAUUGACAUCAUCCACAAGCGUCCUAUGGGAAUAUGGACUGGGAUGUUGAACAACAAAGUAGGCAACUUUAAAUUCAUCUAUGUGGAUGAGCUUACAGAGGCUGGUCCUGAGACAUGCAAGGAAGUGCAAAACCACAGGGCAAGCCAAAAAUGUACAUCCACUAUCCACGAAGUUCUGAGACACCUCAGUUUGGAGGAAUACUCGAGCUCUCUGCAGCAGAGUGGUUACCAAACAGUAGACGACUUGAUGAGGCUGAGGGAGCAUCACCUGACAAAACUGAACGUGACUGAUCCAGAACACAGGCGGCGUCUCCUCGCCGCUGUCGAGUCCUUGCAACAACUUUGCUGUGAAGAGUCCUCAGGUUAAGAAGGAGAGCCCAAUCAAGAGGCCGAGACCCCCAGCGAGAACGUGAAAGCAGACAUGAAUACCGGCCCAAGAGACUCAGGCUGCCACAUGCCAUCCGACAGCACCGACAUCACAGGAGAGGACGCAGACCUUCGUUUUCCUCACGACCCCCCUCAACCUUCCAAGAUGACGGCUUCAUGAAAUAUUUAGCUUGAUAAGUCAAAUCAAAUGUUUAUGGGUCUUUUUCCAUAUAAUUUCAUCAAUAACGGUAAAGACACACCCCACUGAAUUUCCUUUGGGAAAUGAAUUCAUUUUACAAAUAUGAAGA